AGUCUCAUCUUGAUGCCCUCUGGUCUCAUUCCCUUCUUUCCCUCCAUCUCUUCUCCUUUCUCCAUCCCUCGCUCUCUCGGAACCCCUCACAUAUUGACCUGCGGGGAGAUCGGAGGGAGAUCAUGCUGUCUGUACUGGCACUGACGUCCGUGGUGCUCUUGGGCAUAGCCUCUCAGACCACGGCUAUAGUUGUGUACACAAGCUGGGAGAAACAUGCGUUGGUGGGCUCAGAUGUCAGACUCUCCUGCUCUUUCUUCUCCUGGCAGUGGACUUCUCCAGACGUGACCUUCUCAUGGCACUACCGUCCAGAUGGGGCUAGAGACAGCAUCGCAAUUUUCCACUAUGGAGGUGGAGCUCCUUACGUGGAUAACAAAGGCCCAUUCCGGGACCGCCUGGAGUUUGUGGGGAACCCCAGUCGCCGUGACGGUUCUAUCCUGAUCAAGAAUGUCGACUUCGGAGACAAUGGAACCUUCACCUGUGACGCCAAGAACCCACCUGACAUUGCCGGCCGCCCCUCCAGUGUUCGACUGCUGGUGUUUGAGAAGGUUCCAGUCCAGGCUGGCGUGAUAACAGGGGCCAUUAUUGGUGUAGUGUUGGGACUGCUGAUCCUCGUUGUGGCAAUUUACUAUCUGAUGCGUUUCCUGGUCGCCAGACGGGUGUUCAGCUUGAGCAUGAGCAAACAUGGCAAGAGAGGCAAAGGAAAAGAAGGAUCACCACAAAAACAGGCUUCGGCUGUGACGGAUCCGGCCAAGCUGAAGGCGGCAGCAUCAGAGAAGAAGAAACAGGAGUCUCGCAGAGAGAAGAAAUAGGGAUUGUGGAGCAGAGAGCUAGAGCUCCAGAGUGGGGCUGCCUCAACCCAGACCCAAGCCCAGGAAGAGGCAGAGGGGUUGGGGAAGCAGGGCAGGGUUCUUAUGACCAUUGAGCUAGAGCUCACUAAACAGGAGAGAGAGGGAGAGCAAACUAAAACGAGUCCCGCAGCGUUCUUUUCUCAACUCGCGCGCAAAAUCGCUCUCAAGUGAGAGAGGUAUGAAAAGAGGGGGUGGUGGAGAGUUUUGGAGGCGAGGAGUGAAAGAUGAAUCCUUAAAACAGGAGGACAGGAGAGGGGUGAAGUGUUUCUCAUUAUAAUCCCAACCAAAAAAAAACAAAAAACAUCUGUGUCCAAUCUAGGUGCAACACGAUAAAGCGACAAGCUAUAAACACAAUAGUUUUGUUAAAGAAAAUGUAUUACGCAGCUGUGACAAGAUAUUUUAUAAUUAUAAUAUAUAAUUAUUAAUUUGACAUAUUUUGGGUUGCUUGGGUUCUGCCUUUGUCACGUUAAUCGGGGUAGCUCCACCCACAUCAAAAUCUCAUUGGUCCAAAGUCACGCUCCGCAUGCAGUGAGGUUCAAAAAUCUGAAAAAGCUUCUAGUUUAAUACAUUUAAAUAAUACAUCAUAAAUUAUAUUAUCAGCAAAAUUAGACUGAAGAGGUGAUUAAAAAGUAUAUUUACAUUUCAAAUUCUCUUAGCAUUUGGUUUGUCUAAUAUUAUAAUUAGAUAUAAUUUAGGUUGCUUGGAUUCUGUUACGUUAAUUUGGGUAGCGUCGUUCACAUUAAAAUCUCAUUGGUCCACAAUCACACUAUGCAUGCAGUGAGGUUCAAAAAUCUGAAUAGCUUCUAUUUUGCAUUUUUCUACUUUCAGUAUAACAAUAAGUGAAAAUGUGAAAAAAAAAAAAUUGAAUAAUUCUUUUGCUUUAUUGACAGCAGCACUCGAGCUGCAUUAACUCCACAAGUUUAUGCAAACCCUGAUAUUCUCCAGCAUUAUUUGAGAUGAUCCAAAGAGCAUCUUGAGCUUAAGUGGAAGCAAGAACUAACUGUCUGUACAAAGGCAUUCACAUGCACAAUAUUUCUUAUUUAGGAAACUAGAAGUAGUGCAGCAUCUUGAAUACUUAUUUAUUUAUUUAGUUUUCAUUUUAAAUCCUAAAACUUUCUGGGUUUUCUCCAGGUUCAAAUUAGAUUUUGAAUCCCAGAUUUUCAGUGUGGACUUUUGAACCCCACUCUAGCUGUAAAUUAUACAUCUGUUCUCCGUUUUUUGUUUUCAGGGAGUACAGAUAAAUUACUUGUCGCCUGAAAGUUGUUGUAUUGCACCUGGUUAGGACACAGUCUUAAAAAUAACAUCACUUCAACAAAAUCACACAUUCACAACAAAACCCAGAGCUGAGAGCCGUCCAUUACACACAUACUGACAGAUGUGUUUUUUAGAGCUGUAAUAGUGGCAGAAUGGUGAAGAUUUCCUCUUUUUAAGUGACAGACCGCUAUGCCAUUUCUCUCUCUCUCUCUCUCUCUCUCUCUCUCUCUUUCUCUCUCUCUAUGUGUACACACAUGCAAUCUUAUACAAGAACACAAUCCUAGCCACACACUUUUCACACUUUGUACUCUUGCUGAAAAGUUAUUUUGGAAACUUUAUAUUAACUGUCUUUUUUUCUCGUUCCCUCUCUCUCUUUCUGUUUUUCUCUGUUUUACUGCCUGUCGCUCUGUUUUUGUCUGUCUUUGGUCUUCCUAUCCUCUAAUCUCUCUUCCUUAUAGCAUUUCUGACACUUUUUGUCUUUUUUCUACUUUUCCAUCUAUAAAUUCACCUUUCUUGUCAUCUGAUAUACUGGUGCUAUUACAUCACUUCCUGUAGGCCGGCCCCCUAAAGUAGCCUCCCUCCCCGCCCUUCAUUUACUGAGAGCUAAAUAAAGCACUAGUAUUUUUAGUCAUAGAAUCACAAACAUGCACUUUCUCACAGUUAAAAUUUCAUUUCAGUCCAAUAAAAUUCGUCCAUACUUUCUCAAACACACACUAACACUCAUGGCGUCAUCUCAUGUAUCCCAUCAUACAAUUUUAAGUGCCUUCCCAAAAAGUUUUUGACGACAGCAAUUUCGAAUUUGACUUAGAGUUGUACUGUGUUUUUACUCUGACCGCAGUGACUGAAAUACCCAAAAAUGACGUUGAUACUGUUGGCAGAGACACUCAAACACACGCUGUGAGAGUUACUUGAUACUCUAAGCCAAAUUCUCACGUCUGUCUGCGUAAGCUGUUGUCUGACAAACAGCUGAUUAUUUUAACACUCACUUGUAACUGGAGAACUAUCUCUAUAUCCCUUCUGUUCCUUUUUUAAAUGAUUGUCCAAUGAGGGCCGGCUCCUAUGGUGGCACUUUCCCCCUCCGACCUUCUCCAAACAUAUCAUUAGUAAGGCCCAUCACUCCAUCCGAGUCCUAGAUUUACUUCACCUCUCUCUAAUCCUCCUCUAACUAUCAAGAACACUCAUCCACCACCACCUCUUCUCAUCCCCUGUUUCUGCUGGUAAGAAAACCCCAGCACUCUCUCCUGCCCCCUGCUGCCCACAGGAGAAAAUGUUUUAAUUCGGCCGCAUUGUCACAAAGACUUCAAUGCAAAAAAUAAAAAAAAGUUAAUUUAGCUAGCUCUCUGCUAUGAUAGAUCCGUGUUUUUCACACGUUUGCGUGUGUAUGUUUGUAGUCUGAUGACAUGUCUGUAACCUGUCAACAUGUUAGGGGAACAAAACAUCAUAAAAACAACACUGUAGCAAUAUUCGUCAUGUCAUCGUUAGUAAUGACAAGCUGUGCAGCAGCACCCUGGGACUGUUUGUGUGUUGGAAGCAGAAAUGUAAUAGAGUUUAAUGAUGUUUAAUAAUAUUUCUGCACUUUCAUUUGACUGACAUGGCAGAAUUCAUGUGGUUGUUUCUUCAUAACAGUGUUUACCAUCAUGGUGUUGGCAUGCUCAGGGCAAAGAAAGUCUCAGAAAGGUUUUUGUGAGUGAUAUAAAUUAUUAAAUACUGGGAUGAAGACUUGGACUGAAUUCAUAUUCGGGUGAAAAGUCAAGCCAAAGUCCAAUAAACAUCUCAAUCUCACAGGAUAUGUUUUUCUUCUCAAGUCUUCAUGUCUAUGCAUGUCAGCCCCAAGCCAGAGAGGGGCUCUCAUUGGGAAUGCUGGGAAAAGUUAUAGAAUUGCGAAGGCUUGUGGGAAAUAUGUUUGUUAACCUACAGACAGAUGCUUUUUAUGCAUCUUAGAGUAAAUGUUGAGCAGCCACAUGGUACCUGCCAUUAAACUGUUUAAAUAUCGGGGAAUUCCCAUGUUGUAUGUAUUGGUACAGGUCUAUUUAACCGUUCUCUCUCCAAACUUCAUUUAAAACAUCUAAUUUAUUUUUUACUUUUAUUUUGACUUUAACCAAGCUAACUUUGAUUUUCUGUAAAAUGUCUUGUAAAAAGAAAAAUCUCAAAUUCAAAUAAUUUCAGAAAAACGUCAAUAAAAAAUCAGAUCCCUUG